UGGCCUUCUGGAUAUACUUGCAAAGUUCUGUUUGAACGGUUUGAACAUUACCUACUACGGCUAUCGAUACCGGGAAUCCUCUUCUAAUGUUAUCUAACGUACCAACCUAAAAAUAAAAGAUAUUGACUGUCGUCGCAGAACAGCUGAUAGCAUUAUUACAUCUCAAGUUUAGUAAACAACAUCUGGUCAAACUACGUGGCUAAUGUGGUAACCGUUAUUUAUGUAUAGUGGUAGUAAUUUGACAAGGUUGUUUUUUCGAUCCAACACGUUCAAGUCAGCAUUACAGCUGGUAACGAAAAUAGAAACGCCAAUUACUCAAACGGACGCUAGUAGAAUAGCCUCAGUUGCAUUGUCGCGGUUCUCAACACCACCACCACCACCGCUCUCGAGAUCGGCAACGAUGAAGUACAUCAUAGUUACAGGAGGCGUCAUCAGUGGCGUCGGCAAGGGAGUCAUAGCCAGUUCUUUCGGAACACUGCUUCAUUCGUGCGGAAUUGGAGUUACCUCUAUUAAGAUUGAUCCUUAUAUAAACGUCGACGCAGGAACAUUUUCGCCUUAUGAACAUGGCGAAGUGUAUGUUCUUGACGACGGAGGAGAAGUCGAUCUUGAUUUGGGGAAUUACGAACGUUUUUUGGACAUCACAUUGCACCGUGACAACAAUAUUACAACGGGCAAAAUUUAUCAGACGGUUAUUCACCGAGAGCGAGUAGGAGAUUAUCUGGGAAAAACCGUCCAAGUGGUUCCCCAUAUUACGGACGAAAUCCAGGAUUGGAUCGAAAGGGUGGCGAAGAUCCCAGUAAGGGAUAAUAUUGCACCGGAAGUUUGUGUAGUGGAACUUGGUGGAACUAUCGGAGACAUCGAGGGUAUGCCUUUUGUCGAAGCUUUGCGACAAUUCCAGUUUCGGGUAAAACGUGAAAACUUUUGUGUGGCCCACGUUUCACUGGUUCCGUCACCGAGAGCUACAGGUGAACCGAAAACAAAACCAACGCAGGCCAGUGUACGGGAACUUCGUGGACUAGGACUAAGUCCUGAUUUGAUAGUGUGUCGUUCCGAAUAUCCGAUUGGGAAUGAGGUUAAGGAAAAAGUUAGUAAUUUUUGUCAUGUAGCGCCAGAGCAGGUGGUAUGCAUACACGAUUUAUCCUCUAUCUAUCACGUCCCGUUGCUAAUGGAAGAGGCGGGAGUGAUUGAAUUUUUGAAUGACCGACUGAAUUUGCAACUAACUUUCCCACGGCCAAUCCAAUUCAUGCAAAGCUGGCGAGAUCUAGCGGAGCGUGUAGACAAUGUCUACAAAAAGGUCACUAUUGCAGUAGUAGGAAAAUACACUAAGCUCGAGGAUUCGUAUGCAUCUCUGUCAAAAUCAUUAUUGCACGCCUCACUCUCCGUUGGCUAUAAAGUGAUCAUUAAAUAUAUUGAUGCCAGUGAUCUGGAACGAGAGACCAAACAGAAUCAACCGCAGGUGUACUACGAUGCCUGGCAAGCUCUCACCAACAGCCAUGGCGUCAUUGUUCCCGGAGGAUUUGGUAUGCGUGGUGUUGAAGGAAAAAUUCGUGCUUGUCAGUGGAGCCGAGAGAAAAAGAAACCUUUCCUCGGAAUAUGUCUUGGUUUGCAGGUGGCAGUAAUAGAGUUUGCUAGGAACGUGCUUCACUUGGAGGAUGCUAAUACUACAGAGAUUGAAGAAGAAUGCGAGCAUCCGUUGAUUAUAAAAAUGCCCGAACACCACCCAGGAAACAUGGGUGGUACAAUGCGCUUAGGAAAACGAACGACUAUCUUCAAGAAAGAUAAGAGUAUUAUCAAACAAUUGUACGGCAACGUGGAUGAAAUCGAGGAACGGCAUCGCCAUCGUUACGAAGUAAAUCCAGAAUACGUCGCUCAAUUGGAAUCGAAGGGUAUGAAAUUCGUUGGAUAUGAUUCCGAACAGAUUAGAAUGGAAAUCAUUGAGCUAGAAGAUCAUCCCUAUUUCGUCGGAACACAAUUCCACCCAGAAUAUCUCUCAAGGCCUCUCAAGCCUUCGCCUCCUUUCUUGGGUUUGAUCUUGGCUUCUGUUGGCAAGCUAGACACUUACCUUCAGCAGGGAAAUAAAAUUGUGACGCCAUCGUACGUUGGAAGCGAAAGCUCGAGCGAUGAGGAUGUUUUAUUGAAAAACAAACAAACACCUAUGUCGCUCGUAAAUGGCAUCGAUAAGCUUAAUGUAUCGAAAUGCAAUGGAAGCAUCUAGACUAGUAACUAGGAAAACGUUUUUGUGAUACGAGCUAAAUUAGCAUAAGUUAAUGCGACUGCGUUGGUCCAAUCAGAUAAAUUCAACGUUAGACAAUUGAAUGUUCUAGGUUAGGAAUCAAAGGCCAAUGCUCUUGACAUGUUUAGUAGAGGCCAUCUAAAAAAUAUGAAUAUAUCGGCUAAGAUAACACAAUUUGCCGCAAGGGAUGAUUCGUGAAGAAAGUUUGCUAUCAAAUGCAUUUUCCAAAUCCAUUCAAGCAAAUUGGAGCAAGGAUUACUAUAUAAUUUAUUUUAAAUUUUGAGAGCAUAACCACUGUCGCCAUUUAUUUUACAUGGUUCAUUUGCGAUGUGGACCAGAAAUUGAAUUCUGCAUAGCAUGCAGUGAUAUCGUGCUCGCAGGUGCGGAUUUCAUGUUUUCACGUCAUAGACGAUAUCUGAAAAUCGAAUAAAUAGUAGUUAUAUAGAUAGAAUAACAAAUAAUAUACUUUACUGCUAAUUUCUUAAAUAAAAUGAGAACUAACAGCAGUUACGACGCGUUCUAUUCGCCUAAUAAUUCCGAUCAAAUGAAUCGUCUAUGUAUUUAGGUUUGCCGGCGUAUUCAACAAUAUCUCAUAAUCAAAAAAAAACUUAUUUUUUCAUAACUAUCAAUUUUGUGAAAUUCACAAACCGUAGACACAAAUUGUAAAACACGGGUACCUUUCAUUUGCUAUAACACCGAUACAAUAUAACGAAUGACUUGGUUAUGGCUAGUACAGAGAAUUUUUAACGGUAAGCACUUUAACCGUUUUGGUUCACGACAGCUUAAUACCUUUACCUUUGCUCAUCAUCGAUCCUCCAAACUUCCGAAAAACAAGUUGAUCUGUUGCUGAACUUCUAUGCAUAGCUUUCAAAUAAAGCGAAGGUUCGGCGUAUAAUUAAAACACGAUCAACAAAAAUUCAAACAGGGCGAAUAAUUAGUUAGGAUGGUUAUAAAAUUAACGGAAAAACAAUAACACAAGAUUUGAAUCGUGGUAAAAAUCUGGCUUUCAGCUUACCAGUGUUUCCCAGUCUGAUACCAAGAUACAUCAUAGGCAUACAUUUUAAUAUCGUAUGAAGCGUGUUCUCAACAUGAGGAAUAAGGUGAACUGAAUAUAUUUGUGACUCCCUUUAUGAGUUAGGCAUUGUAAAUAAGAUUUGGUUUUUGCAGGCGGCGUAUCUGGCUACACAACAAAUGAAGAAAAAUGUGCGCCAAAAAUGACGUUGCAAUGUAAUUUCAUGAAUAAAAAAAAACUCGUUAUAAGCUAUAUCACAAUCGCUCACGGACGGGCCUUUCUAUUUACCACGAUUACAGUUGGUCGGCGUGCGACCAGACCGAACCAAGCGCCGUUUUUGAAAAAAAGUGGAUGUUAAAAUUGAUAAUCUAUUUUUCAUGAAAAAAGUAAUCAUUAGAACUGUAUAUAAUGGUAUUACAACAAAAUUUCCCUGCAGCAGCUUGCAGAAACGUACGGAGUGGUAAAAUUUUGAUCACCGAUUACUCGAAUGUUUUUGGCGCUUGGUUCGGUCUGGUUGCACGCCGACCAGUUUAUGGUAAAGGUAGAACACGUUACUUUUUGAGCCGUAACACAGACACAAAAGUGAAGUUUAAAGAUUUCCGAUGCUCAGAAUAGAUCGCCUAAGAACUGUUAGAUAGUUCAUACUCCCCCUAUUUUGAAAUUGUUCUGAGCGCAUUACCGAAAAACCUAAUGCUGAUGUUGAGAUAGGAUCGUGAGCUGACUGUGAUACAGAAAUCAGUAAUAUUUAGCACCUGUACAUUUACCUGGUCGGUUUGAGAUAUCCCUGAUGAUAAUGCUGUAUGAAAGAUUUCGAUUCCUUGAUGCAGAUUAGCCGAGGGAUUCCGCACAAUUUUCAAUAUCCAGCACAUGAAAUUUUCAGUUUAGGAAUGAAAGAGGAUGGGUAAGUUUUUUAUGAACCUAACAAAGUUAAUUUAAAUUGGUUGAAGAAAAAAAAGUAAAAAGAAUUUAUUUCUACAAGCUUGAAGAAAAAUCCUCCGAAUAACCUUUAGAUGCUGGAAUUUUACAUUAUGAUACCCAUAAAUAAAUGAAUGGUCGAAACAGCGGAUUCUAACUUGCUGUUUUAACCUUCCCUCUACCACGGUUACUUUAUAGAGCACCACAGGUUUGGCUGCAUAAAGCCUUUCAAAAUAUUUGCCAAUGCUACUCAAAAUGGAUAAAUAGAUCCUUGAACAAUAUACUGAUUGCUCAUGCAUAUAUUAAUACAUUUUUAGAAGGAUUGAUUACUAUUUCGAAAGGCUUUUUGCAUCCAAACCUGUGGUGCUUUAGAGUAACCAUGGUAUAAAGAGGGUUAAUAUAUCGAAGUACAAAGUUUAUUUAUUGCAAACAAAUAGACACGCGUCACGAACAUGUGCUCAAUUAUUACCGACUUUUCAAGCUUAGGUUAUGGAAAAGCAACCCAAUUUCCUGAUUCCCAUUGAACAGAAAUCAUGUUCAUGUUUAAAUUUUUCAAAUGAUCGUAAUGAUUAUGUAUAAAUCAAAUAGAUACUAAUUGCAAUUCAUUAUAUUCUUGUGACAUAAGUAAAAAUCAAAUUCAUUAGAGUAUAAGGAUGGACUGAGCUUCAGAAGCUGAAUUAUAUGAGAAAAUAGUGCUACGGGACUUGUGAUCAACCGAAUAACAUCUAAAAAUAUCAUCAUAUUAUUCUAUAAUAAUUAUAAAGAAAUAUAAUUGUGAAUUAACUGGGAAACUUGAACAGUUUGAAGAUCUCAAAUCUGAGUGACAUUGAUGAGGCCCAUCAACGAAAUUGUAUAAUAUCAGCUCUAAAUAUGUAGAUAUCCAAGAUAAUAUAAUGAACUUAGUGUUAAAGAAGAGUGACUGUAUUAAAUAUUAUGUCAAAUUGAGAACAGAUAGGCUGUUGAUGGCCAUAGUUAGAACUGUAAACCUUUCUUGUCGCGGAUUCGCCUUUGCCAAAUCGCUCUGUUUGUGAAAUAUGGUUGCAAUAGGUGAAUGAAUUGAUAAAAUAAAUCUUUUUAUUGUAUGUAUUCACGAGCGUUUCGUGAAUAUAUAUACUUUACUUUACCUUCUUUUUAAGAAAUGUGACAGCAAUGCAUGUUACGGAGUAAAACCAGUUACAUAAUUAAAAGAGCUAUUGGUAACUCAAAGUAAUAGAUAAUGGCAGAUAAAAAAAAAAUAUUGGGCUUCAUUUUAAUUCUAAGUUUUUAUAAAAGUUUUUAGAACAAUCUUAUUCUAUUUUUACUGAUUCUGGUGGAAUAAAAUUUUCGGAGCCUAUGUAAAA